AUGGCUGUGCCAGGGGACAAGGUCUAUAACAGCUGCUUCCCCUUCGGCGAGCCCCACCAGAAGCUGCUCGCCACCAUCCUGAUCGUGUUGGGCCUUUUCGCCCUGCUGGAAUAUGCAGUGAAACUGAUUACCUUGUGCUGGAUCAACUGCACGCCACUCCUGAAGAGAAUACAUGACUCUUGCUUCAAGAAAGGCAGCCAGCUGCUCAAGACCAUGAAGGUCCUCUCCAGCAGCAAGAGACUCUGGAAGGAUUCAGCACUGCUCAGAAGCCGCAAGAAACUCUCCAGCCUGCGCUUCCGCUGCAUCGUGGAUCCCGUGAAGGUCACUGUGAAAAUGGGCAGCCUGCAUGAGCCCAAAGCCUGCUGUUCCCAGGCUGGCAGGAAGAGCAAGGCCUACUACUCCGGGGAGUGGUCUAGCCAUCACGACACGGAUGACCAGAAGGCCAGCUGGUACAGGAACCAGCAACGCCGCCGGAACAGCCAGUGCAGUUCCCACCUCUCGGACACCGAAACUCCCCAGCCAGCGUGUCCUGCUGGGUCCGUCGCCUCCUGGGUGCGUUUCAGCUUCAGCCCUCCAGAGCGUGCAGCUGAGGCUGGGAGUAGCUCAGCCCGCUACGGGACUCAUGGGCGGAACCACCAAAGGGCCACCGGUGAUAAACAGCAUAGCUCAGAGGUAGCCGGGGAGGGUAACCAAGGGCCAAGGUUGCUGCAACAUUCUGUCAGCCUGAACACCGAGGCAGCUGCUCCCCACUGCUCAGAACACCCUCACGAGCACUUUAACCAUCAGUCCAGGGAGACAAAUUUCAUCCCUAGUCCAAUCUUGUCAGGCCCCAGACGGGUGGUGUACUCCUCCUUGGCUUCAGAUGCAGUGUCCAGAACUCAUCUCAAUGGGGAGGAGUGUGCCUACUCACAUUCUCCAAGAGGACCCCAGCACAGUCUGGGGCUAGAAUGGCACCAGCAUUUGCCAGCGGCACAGCAAGCGGGUGUGUAUGUUUACCUGGUCAGCCCAUGCCCUCCCAGCCCAGAACACAACCCUGAGCAGCCCAACCAUCCCUUUUCGGCAUCCCAGACCAUCUCUGGGAAGGACGUGCUGGCAAACAGGAUGUCUCUCAACCAGAGCAGGGGCAGUUUCAGUCAGGGCCCAGCAGGCCAAGGGAGCAGCGACACCCAGAAGCAACGCAAGAGCAUCUGGGAGAGAAAGUACCAGAAGAGGUUCCUGCAGCUAAAUCUAGACUAUGAAAAGCUGGCAGGAAGCAGCGGUGGUGCCAACUUAGGCCAUCACGAACCAUUCUCCCACAAUCCCCCUCUCUCGGCAGACAGGGGGAGAGGAGGGCUUGAUGCAGCACCACCCACCAUUGCCAGCUGA